UCCUACGUCUCCGAAUCUCAUCCAUUCCAUAUUGACAUUUUCAUCUCAAUUUCAUUCUCGUCUUUCAAUUACAUCCCUGAGGGGAGAGGGAAAAAAAAAAGGAAGUAGAACAAUCAUGAGCACCCCGGUUGUAUUCACCGAAGAAUUCAGCAGCCCCAUCCCGGCGCAUAGGAUGUUCAAGGCGUUGAUCGUCGACGGCGACAGUCUCAUCCCCAAGCUCAUGCCUCAGGCCAUCAAGAGCGUCGAGCUUGUCCACGGCGAUGGAGGCCCCGGGAGCGUCAAGCAGAUGAACUUCGCCGAAGGCAGUCAUCUGAAGUACUUGAAGCACAGAGUCGAUGCACUGGACAAGGAGAAGAUGACGUACGGCUACACGAUGGUGGAGGGAGGCGAAUUGGCCGACAAGAUCGUGUCUAUCUCUUACGAAAUCAAGAUGGAGGUGUCUCCCGAUGGGGGCUGUAAGGGCACGAACGUGAGCAAGUACCACCCAAAACCAGGGGUCGUGAUCAAUGAGGAGGAGAUCAAGGCCGGGAAAGAGAAGGCCAUGGCCGUCUUCAAGGCUGUGGAGGCUUAUCUCUUGGCCAACCCCGAGGCCUAUGCCUAAAAAAUUUUAUUUAUGUCAUUUGUCUAUGUUUGAAGCAAAUUCUGCAUCUCUCUCCUUGGACCGAUUAAGUUUUGCUAAUUAUAAUGGGUCCUCUAUGCUUGGGACACCCUUGAUUGAGAGUGAGUGCUAAUGAUGCUGCUAUUACAAUAAAAAUUCUCCAAUUCUAUUAUCGUA